CGCGAAUCUCUGCGAUGACCAAAGGAUUUUCUUGGCGCGGCUCCAAAAUCCACGGAAGCACGAUCGCUCGCGGCGAUCAAAUGUACAGAUCAAGUGCAGGGGCCCUUUGGCUUUUGCCAUUAGCUUUAAGUCAGCGCCAUGGGCAUAAUGCGACACGCUCUUGCGGCCCAGUCACACUCUUUUCGCCGUCCUCCGUCCAGCAGCUAAGUCUUUCAAUGCUUAUAAAUUUCCCAGGCAGUCAGUUCGUUGGAAAUCAAUUGCUGCUAUUAAUCGCGGUUCCAGCUUGCAGGGAAGCUCCAUCCUCAUGGUGGAGGAUCGAGGCUAGAAUUUUUCGGGCAUUACGUACUCGAGUCAUCGAGCGAACAAGGAGGUAACUUCGGUUUUUUUGAGUUUUCAAGUCAGUCAUGAGCACGGUGGUGGAUUUCCUGAGCUCGGCACAGGGAUGGAACGCUGCGUGCAUGGUUGCGGCAGCGCUGGUCUGUGUUGUAUCGGUGAUGCUGGGAAGAAAAGAGAACAGGAAUUUGCCGCCAGGUCCUCCCGGCUGGCCGAUCAUCGGGAACUUAAUGCAGCUCGGUCCCCUUCCACACAGGACAAUGGCUGGCUGGUGCCAAAAGUAUGGACCUCUCGUCUACUGCAGGCUUGGCUCCACUCCGACCAUCACCGCUAGCUCGCCUCAGAUGAUCCGGGAGCUGCUGUGGACUCAGGACGAAACUUUCGCGUCUCGGCCGAGAACUACUGCCGGAAAGCUCAUGGCUUACCACGACCAGAACGUCGGGCUGGCUCCUUAUGAUGCUCACUGGAAGCUGAUGAGGAGGAUUUGCGUGGAGCACUUGCUGACAACGCGAAGGAUGGAAGGCUUCCAGAAGAGCAGGGCGGAGGAAGCUCGCGACCUGGUACAGAUUAUGUUCAAGGAGGCCAAGGCUGGGAACACCAUCAACAUGAGGGAGCACUUGGGAGGCUACACCAUGAACGUGGUGACCAGGAUGCUGAUUGGAAAGAGGUACUUUGGAACCGAGUCCAUGGGUGAGAAGGAGGCCACCGAUUUUCGGGAGCUCAUACACGCGGCGAUUGUCCUGCAUGGAGUUUUCUACAUUCCGGAUCACGUACCUCUCCUCAAGUGGAUUGAUCCCAACGGUUACAGGCGCCUGUUUAAGAAGAUGGGGAAGCGAAUGGACGACUACUAUAGCUACAUUGUCGAGGAGCACCGGAAGAGGCAGCGAAAUGGUGAAGUGGUCGACGGUCCUAAGGACUUUGUGGACGUUCUUCUCGGCCUGGCUGGUGAGAACAGCGAGCUGCAUCUCAACGACGUGGAGAUCAAAGCACUGAUACAGGAUAUGGUCGUGGGGGGCACCGAUACCGCGUCCUUCACUAUGGAGUGGUUUAUGCUCGAGAUGAUCCGGAACCCGAAAGUCAUGCGGAAAGUGCAGGCGGAGCUAGACUCGGUGCUGCAAAAGAAGGCCACCAACAAGCACCUGCUGGAAGAGUCGGACCUGGCGAGCCUCGACUACCUGAGAGCAGCGGUCAAGGAAACUUUCAGGAUUCACCCGGUUGGCGGCUUCCUCAUACCUCACGAGUCGAUCCGGGACACCAAAGUUGCCGGCUACCACGUCCCCAAAGGCUCGCUCAUCCUCAUCAACACUCACGGUCUGGGAAGAAACGCCGCGGUGUGGGACAACGUCGACGAGUUCCGGCCCGAGAGGUUCCUCAGGCCCGAGGACAAAGUCCACCUCCGCGACUCCGAGUACCGCGUCAUUCCAUUUGGCUCCGGCAAGCGCGCGUGCCCCGGUGCGCAGCUCGGGCAGUCGAUGCUCCUCCUCGGCCUGGGACGACUUCUUCACGGCUUCGACUGGUUUCCACCGCCGGGAACGAGCAGGGAAGACAUCGACGUUAUGGAAGCUUACGGCCUCACAACGCCGCCGAGAACUCCGUUGCGAGCAGUGGCGAAAGCUCGUCUGGAUCAGAGCUUCUACUCUUUCCAUUGAUCGAGAGAAGUUCCUCCCUCACUCUCUGGCGGAGCUCGGCUGGAUCACGUAAAAGUUCGAUCGUAGUGGAAUAAAAAUCCAGGGAGGUCGCUCGCUACUUUUGGAGCGAUCUAGCCAGGAAAAGAGAAGGAAGAGAAGAAAAAGCGAUGUUAAAAAGCUUGCUUUUCUUUCGAUCGAGAAUCUAUAGAGCUAACUAAUGUGUGUGUCGCCUUCAAUACUUCUCUUUCACAAGGAUUUCAAA